UCUCUCUCUCCCCCAUAUCUUUCUUUCCUUGUCGUCAUCUCUGAAGCGCAAGCUCCCACAUUCACAUGGAGAAGUCUCUAUCCAGUUAAAUUCAUUUGCGAUUCAAAUUCUUUUAGUGUUUGCCUUGCCCGUAUAGCUUGUUUUCUAGCGAUCUUCUGAGAUGAUUAAUCAACUGUGCUAGCUGUCGAUUUCAUCUGAUGAUAUAUUGAUAGAUGAACAAUACGGAGGAUACCUAAUUAUUCGUUUCGUUUUGCAUCGAUUUCCUCAAAAGAUUUGUGGAUAAAUUAUGGACUCAAUUCUGAGCAAGUUUAGCAGUCUAUUUCAUCUGAUGAUAUUUGAACAGGAUCGAAAUACCUAAUUCUUGGAUUCGGAUUGCAAUAGCGAAGACGCCUAAUUCUUGGUAUCCUUUUGUAUGGAUUUUCCCAAUAGUCGAUUUAUAGAUGAAUUGCGGAGCAAUCUUUGAUUUUAUGUUUGUAUGAAGUGAUUUCUUCGCUGAAUGCUAACGUUGUAGUUAGAACUUAAAAUUGCGUCUAUAGCAUUGAUUUGAUUCUUGCAAGGUCGUAAGGAGCUCGGGAGCUUUCCAUUGGAGCUUUCUUUUAAGCAACUAUCAUAGUGGAACUCAGCUCCUCUGCACUCAUGUCGGCGCCAAAUAAUGAGGAGAACUUGUCUUCUCAUUCCCAGGGAAAUUAAUUAUGUUGGUUUAAUAUUUUUUCGUCUCUGUGUUUCUUUUCAUGAAUGGUACAUGUGAGAAUUGAAUAUUAUUUGUAUAUUUUUGUGGCAUCCUCGAGUCCUUUUGGAUGAUCAUAAUUUCCUCCACUUGUUAGGGAGCAUAAUUGAUGAUAUCUUCUAGGGAUACGGUGUUAUAAAUCCUUUAAGGCUGUUCUAUUUAAUCUUUCUACUACCAAAGCAUCAUUGAAUAGGGAGUUAAGGGAAACAAGAGAUGCAUAUUUACUGCUUGAACUGAUGUGAAGUUCUUAUCGUGAUUUAUUGACUUUGAAAGCCCUUUGGCUUUGUAUUCACGAGUUAUGUAUUCCUGUAUUGUUUUUCUAACAUAUCAGAAUCUCUUGAUUACUCAGUCUUUUAUUGGCUUUGCUUCGCAUAUAUUCUGUAAUGCUGUUCGUAAGGAUUGAUGCAUCCACUCGAAGGUCUUUUACAGUUUCCAAAUGUAUUUUCAGCUUUCAUCUCAAUUUUUCGAGAAUCUUCUCGAUUCUAUGAUUGUUGAUGUUGCAUCUGAGUGUCACCGGAUGGCAAGGUUGGGCCUGGAUCGGAAUUUGGAGGAAGGGGAAGAUGAACUGAGAUUGUCAGCAUUAGCCCGAGCUCAGGUUGCUGAUCCUAGUCACAGUGGUAGAACGAAUAAUGGUAAGGAUGUGCGAGACAUAUUUGGAAAUGAUAAUUCUGCAGUUAGCAAUGAAGUAUUCAAGUGCAUGAAAUGUGGAAAGCCAACUGCUGUUGGAAAGUUUGCUCCCCAUCUGGAAAACUGCAUGGGAAAGGGUAGAAAAUCUCGUCCCAAGACGAGGAGUAGCACUGCUAUACAGAAUCAGAAUCAGAAUCGGUACUCAAAAGGUACCGCUGUUUCACUGUACUCUCCUUAUUCAAAUCCCACCAGUACGAACGAGUUACCAAACGGAACACCUGGUGCUGCAGGUGAGGAGUGCCCUGAUGGGGCAACUGAAGAUUCUUGAAACAAGAUAGAUCAAGAGGCUGGCUGACUAACCCGAAGUUCAAGUUGUUAGAUGCAAGCCAUUCCAUGGCUCUAGUUAAUGGAGCCACCUAAACGAUAUUUUUCCUUAUUUCUUCUAUAGAUCUCAUUAGGAUGAGUAAUUGACGCUCAGCAGGGUUGGCGUAAACUCUCUUAGGGCGAUUCUUAUUUUUUGUUAUAUGGAAUUGUAUAGGUGCUUCUUGUUGUACAUAAAUUAUUGGUCAUUUCUUUGGCGCCGCCCUUGGAAAUUCUAAGUGUGACGAACUAUACCACAAAGGAUAUGAUGUCAAAGUUUAUUUGUAGUUAAAAAAUUUAAACGCGAACCUCAA